AUGAAGACUACCAGUAUCGCCUUCAUUGCCGCCGCUUUCAGCAGCUUAGCUGCAGCGAGCCCAAUCGACAGCCGGGGCUCGAAAUGGGCUGAAUGGGAUAACUCUCCAUUCUACUUCACCUCAGUAUACAAGGUCGUCGCCACUCCAGAUCAAGUCAUCAAUGGUACCACUGUUACUCCAGGUGAACCUGGCGCUAUUGGAUACUACAACUACGGCAUCAACUCCGAGCUCAAUGUUAUUUGCUACAACAUCACUCUCAAGGGGGUUACUGGAGACUAUCAGUCGCCAGCACGCACUGCUACCCACAUUCACCAAGCUGCGAAGGGAGCGAGUGGCCCACCUCGUAUUGCUUUCCCCAACCCUUCACCUGUCAGCAACGACCCCAAAGUUGUUCGUCGCUCAGUAGGCUGUUUGACCGGUCCGUUCUUGACCGGAGUUUUGUCCAAUGGUGUUGACACCGGCACUGGUUUCACCGUCAAGCAGAUCGAAGACAACCCGGCGGGAUUCUUCACCGACAGCCACACCGUCAAGUAUGUUCCAGGUGUUGUCAGGGGUCAAUUAGCAUAA